AUGGAGAGACAAGCAGCCGUGAAGGAACCGAGCCUCACCGUUCUCCUGCUGCUGUUCUGCGUCCUGGUCAUCGCAGGUUAUGGUCCUGACUACGGUUACGUUUACGGACCUGGAUACGGUUACGCUCGACAGAGCCUCCAUUGCUUUUGGACCAGAUCAGUCACCAGUUUAACCCACCUGAUGGGUCCAACUCAUCCACAGAGACCCACCGGAGACCUCUCAGCUUCCGCAGUGGGAUACGGAAAUGGCGAAAUGGAUGGUUAUGGUCCUGCCUAUGGUUACGUUUACGGACCUGGAUACGGUUACGACGGAAACGGAAGUGGACAGGACGAUGGUUACGCUACUAACUACGGUUACGUUGGAUACGUAAGCAAGAAAAAGGAUGGUCACAGUGCUGGCUCUGGUUCUCCCUGUCAAAAAGACAGAGAUUGUGAAAACGGAGAAGUCUGCUGCAAAGGAAAAUGCAUGGAUAAAUAUUACUGACCGAUGCUUCAUCUUCUGAUUUUCAGGAAACUCUUUUUGCUCCAGGAGAGGACCGCUGAUAGAUAUGGCUUUGCUUCUGCUUAAAACUGCUUCCAAUUCACACCCCAAGGUUAGCUCGGUAGUUGUUCAAAAGCGAGGCUCCUUCGUUGCUGACUCACGGAUAUGCCUGAGGAACGUCACCAGACGCCCGCGGCAGACGAGCCUGCUUUACACCACAGCAGGUCAAUCUAAAGGAAGCCUCCUCUGGCCUGGACUGUCCAAGAAACACGUGUAGUUAUCAGUCAUUGACCAGAGAGAAGGUGUGUCCCCAACAAUCAUUAAAAAUUGACACUUGUUCUUUCUAACGGAAAACAAUAACUGUAUUUGCACAUCUUAAAGGCUGAAGUGAUCUUGGAAUCUUUUCUCAUUAUGUCUCUUAUCUUUGAUUGAUGCUUCAUAAGCUUUUGAGUAGUUGGAAUGCAAGAAAUCUCAUAAUUAGACAACCUUCCCUUAUUCCUGUGGCUCCCCUCCCCUGCCUUGAUGACCUGUCCAUCUCCUCCCCUCCCCUCCUCCAUGGUCUCCAACCGGCUUCCUUCUUCUUCAGCCCACUGCCUCUUCUAGCACCUCUCAGUUUAUGACAUCUUCCACUCCCUCCCCCACCCACCUACCUUCCCCCUCUCGCUUGG